UUCAGGUUGAAUGGUUCACCUGAAGAUGCUUUUGAGUAUAGAGGAGGUAGCUGGAGGCUUUUGGGAGCACGCGUCUACCGAAUGUCCCGCCGGGCACGUCAACGCGCUAUCCUCGUGCUAUGAUUGAUGUCAGUGGUAAAGUACUGGAUGGCAAAAUAAUAUACUUUCGUGGCUUUGGACGUUCUGACAUGAAUUGGGGCGGCGUCGAGCUGAGAACCCACGAAACGGACGCCCUCGCUGUCAUCCCGCUUAUUGUCCAGCAGAGGUGGCAGGCUGAUCCCCGGUCUCCGGUCACCAUCGUUAAUGACCGUGUCGACUGUUGCCAUUACGGAGGAGAGGUGUGGAUUAAUGGAACUAUUGCCGACAGAGAACAACUAUUUAACAUGGAAAUCGAAAUACAUAGAAAUCUGUAUAAAGUGUACGCAAACGGAGACUUACUUUGGAGCUUCAAUAAGCGUGCCCAAACCGAUAACGAGGACAUUAGUAUAUUUUUCAUUUGGCAAUUGGGUUUAGCGGACCUAUGUAUCACUUAAUCCGUUAAGGUUUUAAUUGUUACACUAAUAUACAUGAUUAUAACUAUAAUGGCUGAUUCAGUGCUUACUGGGUUCAGACUAGUGUGGGUCGAGGGGAAAUCUAGAUGCGGAUCCAGAAUUUUGUAAUAAGAGAGGACACUAGUGGCUUGACCUGGAAUUUCCAAAAAAUGUAUUCACAUAGUUACAGCCCUGAAAUGGGUGUUUAAGCAUAAGAAUCUCACUCAGAAAUGCUGUUGCUAUUCAAUCUGUACUCGCGCAUGUGCGCGCGCGUGUGCGUGAGCUUGUUCUCUGUGUACCUGUCCGUUCGUCCGUCCGACCGCCUAUCCGUUCGUCCUUCCAACCUCCUGUCCGUCCGAUCGUCCGCCCGCCUAAGCCCGCCCGCCCGUCCGACGACCCGCCUGCCGUCCGUCCGUCCGUCUGUUUGUCUGUCUGCAUUUUUAUUGAUAUGUUUGUCUGGCCAUCUGUCUGUCUGUGCGUCUGUCGUCUGACUGCAUAUAGUGCUGUAUUCUCGUGAUUAUACAUAUAUAUAGCGUAUAUAUAUUUAGUAUUUGCCUCCGAAGUGCCAAAAUAUUUAGAAUAUAACAUUAAAUAUAUAUAUUGAA